AUGUUCAAGAAAAAUGUGGCUGUGAUAACCGUAGCAGUGGUUUUGUGUUACGUCCAACAGCUCCAUGGAUCUGUUGAUGAGACCGAAACAAACAUCGCGACGGAGGAACCGAGGAACGCAUCCAGUACCGAAAGAACUGGUAGAUCCUUGAACAAAGAAUGCAAAAGCACUCUUAGUUCGAAAUGUCUGAAAAUCCAUGUGCUCUCCUUUUUGGAGGACCUGAGCUCUCGCGAUGAGCUCCAUCUCCUCCCAGGCCUUAGCAUUGUGAAAGAGAACCAGACAAAUGCAACAAGCCCCGAAGAAAUGGCUGCGGAACUAUCGCGUCAAUACCCCGGGAAAUCGGAGGAGAAACUGAAUAAAUUCAUUUUGUACCGUUUACAAAAUUACCUGGACGGACAUUCUUUGAGGUAUAGAUUGCUUGAUGCGGAAACAUCUCAAGAAGCUUUGAACAUGGCUAAAGGUGACAAGGAGAACACUGGUAGGAAGAGCGGAGGUGGAGGCGGCGGUGGGUUCGGCGGCGGCAAGGGCGGUGGCGGUGGUGCUCUCCUAGCUGCUGCUUUAAUGAUGAAAGGUACCUUAGCAGCUGCAGCUCUGGGUGCCUUAGCACUGCUCGCUGGUAAAGCCCUGAUGACAGCAUUAAUGUCUCUCUUGUUGUCUGCGCUGGUUGGACUCAAGGGACACGGUGGUCACAAAUCCACAACAUACGAGAUCAUCACAAAGCCAGAGGUAUCCCAUCACCAUUCGCACAGCCACGAGGAACACCACGAGCAUGAACACGGACACCAUGGCGGUUACAGACGAGCGUACGACACGAAUUACAACAAUAAUUACAAUAGCUACAUGCCCUAUGAAACAACGAGCUAA